AUGUCUAUUGAUCUAAAUUGGGAGACCUUGACCACUGGUCCUGACGGAAUUGAACUUGCCGAGAGGAUUCGAGACUUUGUACACGACAAGUUCCAAACCAUCACACUACCACGUUUUAUUAAGGGUGUAAAAGUUCACACAUUUGAAUUUGGGUCUACCGGGCCCGACAUAGAAAUCAAGGACAUUUGUGAUCCGUUACCAGAUUUCUACGAAGAGACUGAGGAUGAUGAUGAGGAGUCACAGGAUGAGGAAGAUGUAGCAUGGGAGUCAAAAACCGAGCAACUUGCCACACUACGGGAGAGACGGCGGUUAGAUCGGGAUGAAAGAGCAAAUAUUGCAACGCAUAUCGCGCCUCUGCCGCCCUAUAUAGACACUCGACUAUCGGGAAUGAGGACGGGACAAGUACCAGGUGAUGUUGGAAGUCCUUUCCUGGGUGUUAGUACGCCUGGGAUCCCUGGAGGUACCUCGAAUCUGAGUUAUUUCCAUUCCCAACUUGCCACUGGAUUGUCUGGGACACAAACACCACUCGCGGCUGUCGCGGGAGCUCAUCUUCCGUACGGCUGGCCAGAUUAUUCGGGCUUACCGUCCGCUAUGAAAUCCAAAGGUCAUCGCCAUACCGCAAGUGGAAGCUCGUUAUCACCUCCUCCCACGGCAGAUGCAUCAGCCCAACAACUCCUUCGAGAAAGGGCGAGUGUCUCCACCCUCGCUCCGUCAACUUCUACGACUCGACCACAAACUCGGGACGGUCCAGCGGAUGAGAUAGUCGAUGAGGAACCGGGCUCACCCCCUCGAAGAUUUCGAGAACCCAGAGUCGAAGAUCUCCAGACCGUAUUUCGUGUACGCUACUCAGGCGACGUCAGACUAUCUCUGACCACAGAAAUCUUACUAGACUAUCCCAUGCCGAGUUUCGUCGGUAUACCCGUCAAGCUCAACAUCACCGGUCUCUCAUUCGACGGAGUCGCUGUCCUUGCUUACAUUCGCAAGAAAGCACAUUUCUGUUUUCUGUCCCCCGAGGAUGCUUGUACAGCUGUUGGAGCAGAAGAAGAUGAGUCGGAACAUCGACAUGAUAUGAAAUUAGGCGGACUUAUUCAUGAGAUUAAGGUGGAAAGCGAGAUUGGCCAGCAGGAAAAUGGGAAGCAGGUCUUGAAGAAUGUGGGGAAGGUUGAGAAGUUUGUAUUGGAGCAGGUUAGACGGAUUUUUGAGGAUGAGUUUGUGUAUCCUAGUUUUUGGACAUUCUUAGUCUGA